AAUUGAAUGUUGAUAGAUCGCUUGCCUCUGCAUUUUAGUAUCUGUGGCUAGUCAUUGUAAUGGUUGACAAUUUGGACAUGUAAUAAAAUUUACGAAAUAAAUUCGUAAUAUUUUGAGUGUUUUUCUCCAAUAAUUAUGUGACUUUUCAACUGAUUUACUUAUUAACACGUUUCAUAAGUGAUUUAAGUAUUGUCUCUCAUUCAUCUUUUUUUAUAAAUUGAUCUUAAAAAUUAAGUGAUACAAUGGAUAAUUCUGCUAUACAAACAUUGGAGGCGGCUGCUCAGAUGUUGAUGGCACCACCACAAAUGGUGACAUCUGAGCAACGUCACCAAGCUGAAAGUGUAUUUCUCGAGUUUCGAAGCACCAAAAACCCUUAUCAAUUGUGUCGAGAAAUUUUAGAGAAAUCUACAUCAGACUAUGUACUAUUUGAAGCAGCGGGAUUGUUGAAAGCUGCUCUCAUUAGAGAAUGGACACUGCUAACAGAAAACGAUGUCAGCUCAUUGCGAGAAUAUUUACUAUCCUACUUAUUGAGGAAGGAGGCACCACCAUUUUUAAGGGAAAAGCUUUUGCAGACAAUUGCCAUUAUUAUCAAGAGAGGCAGCAUUGACGAUGGAGGAAGAGAGAGGAAAAAUUUGAUUAUUGAGUUAGAAAAGAUUAUCCUUAGCUCACCAAUUAGCCAUCAAAAGUUGGCCUGCUCGCUUAUACUGGCCAUUAUGCAAGAGUUCGCAAUUACAGUUAAAUCAGCUGACGUCGGCUUAAUUUGGGAGGUCCAUUUUAGACUGAAGAAAUCCUUUGAAGCAUUAGAUUUAAAAAGGAUAUUCAGGUUUACGGUAGGAGUUCUAGAACAAAUUGUGCGUUCUGGGCUCAGACCUGAAGGGGAACAAGCUUUGCUAACAAAGCAAUUACUGACUAUUGUGGAGACAGUAUUGUGUUGGAGUCAUGUAUCGCCAUUAUUGUCAAAAAGAUUGAUCGGCGCUUUUGAAGCUAUCUACGAGAGCGAUACCGCCCCUGCACUACGACUAAGCCUGAGCUGGCGAGACACGAUAAUGCAACCUGAACUCCUUGCAUUAUUCUUUGAGAUACACAUGUAUGUCAGGUCCAAUCCUGACUUAGCUAGCCCGUCACUCACUUGCUUAGUUCAGCUAGCUAGUCUUAGUGGUGUGGUGGUAUCCGCAAGUAACUUGAAACAGCAGUAUUUGGAGAACUACGUGAAUAGUUUCCUGAAUAUGAUGGCGUACAUUCAACCAGUCGAGAGAGAAAUGCUGGGGAUCUCUGAUAUAUACAGGAGAUUGAUUCAGUUCUUCUCGCCGGCGAUGAUAGCUGCGACGCCACCGGCGUUUCUCCAGAACUUGACGACGCUUACGUGUCAUUGUAUCCGAGGAUCGGUAAUUGAAGAAGGUGUAAAUGACGAUACGGUAUGGAGGGAGUCAUUAAACAAGUUCCUUCAUAGUUGGAGCUCAUUAGUUCACGAAUCUGAUGGUUACUCUAAUGAGACAUUAAUGAAUCCAUGUAUUGAAGUAUUCAAUACUUAUCUACAGAGCCGACUGGCGCCACCUGAUGGCACAAGGCCAGCUGACACAGAGGAAGACAUCAAGGAUGAGUUGGAAGAAGAUGAGCGUAAACUGCAUAGCAAUGUACUGAUGACCAUCGGGGCUAUAGCUCGCAAGGCGCCAGCUCACUGCUGCCAUGUGCUCUUUACCUUACUACAGGAUCGGAGUAAACGGUUAGAGGGUCAACUGCAGUUGAUGCAUAUGGGUAAACUGCCAAUAAGCGGAGGAGGUCACUUAGUCACCCUAUUUGAAGAUCUUCAUUGGAUACUCAUGAUCACAGGUCAUUUCCUAGCCGUCGACUGCACAGAAGGUGAAACAGUGAUGAUUCCCUCAGAGAUCAUCCACUUCAGUUUGAGGGAGAACGCAAAUAUCGAUGCUUCACUUCGGUAUCUCGUUGGGGAAACGACAGACACUGAGAAUGUUGAUUCUGUCCUCAAGCUUAUUGGCGAAAUUAUUCGCAUAAAUGCAUGGGAAUGCGCAGCGUUAGAAGCUGGGUUAGGCAGUGUCUUCAGUCCAGAAUUAUCCGCUACUAUCUCAUGGUUACUCAAGAUAUGGGCCAACUCGUACUUGAUGCCACAGUCGUCUGUUUAUUCUGAGAUGUCCCCGAUCCUGGCGAUGCAAAAUCCACUGGCGACGUGUGAGGAGUUCCUUGCAUUAUUACAAUGGGAAGCGGCCGGUUGCAAUUUACCGGGAGAAUUGAGGAAGGAAUUACAUAGAGCCUUCGCUAUCGCAGCUACUUAUGCCGAAGGUGACGUCCGAAAUCGUCUUUUAUCAAGCACAGUAUCUCUACAAGAAAAGCUAAUGAAUUUAAUAAAUAUGGAGUCUGACACUGAACCCGUUCGCAACAUGCUCGCUGAUACUCUCGACUGUUUUAUUGGUGUCACUGAUGGAGUUCUUGAGGUCGGAACAAUGGACGAACAAUUCAUGAUGUUAAUUGGUGCCUUAGACAAGAUACCAGGGAUCAUAUUUAGAUAUCACAACUAUCCCGGAGUAGUGUUGCCAGCUCUCAACUUACUCGCUAAGAGCGCUAAAAGGAUGCUGCAUUCUGUACAGCCGCAGAAUGUUAAUAAGUUUCUGGAAAUAUGUAACACAACUUUUGAAGUUUAUAUGAGAUGGAAUUCUGGAAAAAUAUCAAGUAUUCCCCAGGAUGCUGAGGAAGAGGCGUACGAGGAUAUCUGCGCCCUAAUGGAAGUGAUCUGCAGCGUGGCUCGUUCUGGCGGCGCGGGCGACACGUGCGCGCGCGGGCUGCGCAUCCUGCUGCCGCUGGUGACGCCGCCGCUGCUGGCGCUGCCCGGCCUGGCCGCCGCCGCCUACCGCAUGCUCCGGGACUUGGAUAGCGCGGACCAGCUUACGAAUCUACCCAUUGACGACUUCAACAUGGUAGUGACAGCGUUACGCGUAGGACUCACAGCUGUAUCCUGCGACGUAUCUACUUUAUGUUGCGAUACUAUUGUAGGAUUGUCUAACAAAGUGCGAACCCUAGGUGACGAUAAUCCAUACGCAAUGUCCCUCCUAACUCUUGCAGAGCUAUUACUCAUGCUCAUUAUCAAAGUAGAAAUACCACCCGAUUCAAUACCCGCGGCAGGAGCAGCGAUAUAUUCCCUCACCUGCGUUAAACCAGCGUUACUCGAAGGUCUAGCGCGACAGCUCAUAGAAGCAUACGCCGUCAAUGAUCCCACUAACGUACCACGACUAGAGGAAGCUUUCGGCGUCUUAACUAACGGAGUCCUCUUCGACGGCCUGAGGACUCACAAACUCAGAUUCCAAGAUAACUUCGACAAGUUCCUAGCAAGUGUACACGGUUUUCUUAUCGUAAAAUAAAUUAUUAUUUACAGCCCCAGUAUGUUGGCUGGAAAUAUUAAAAAUAUUAGCAUAGCUUUGCUGGCGAUUAACGCCUUUUACAAUCCUGUCUCAAGGAUUUGACGCAAAUAUUGCGGUUUCGACGAUUCUACAUUAUCGUUACGUACUGAAAGAGAACCAAAUUGGUGCAAAUGUUGUCUUCAGUUCUGUUUUGCAAGCGCGGUUGGUGCGACUCGAAUGUUUGAUAUAUUAAAUAGUUUAUCAUUUUAAAGUCCUUCCCUGGGCUGUGUCAAAUGUAACACUAUUGUGUCUAGAUUAUAGUUUGUAUUAACUCAUGACAUUUUCUUAAGUGCCAUUAGGAAAAAUGCAAUAUUGAUUUUGUAAAGUUGUUUUGGAAAUAUAUAUUGGCCUAAGAUUGCACAGGGUGCUGUCAUUACUUGACUGUACUGUCCAUGCAAUAUAAUUUCGUAACUUGAAAUAUUUUUAUUUUAUAGUUUUGACGCUUGUUCUGCAAUCUUAUGUUCACAACGAAGUUAGUAUGGAUUUUAUAAAUGUGGUUGUGAAUGAAAAUGCAGAAGAUUUACUGUGGUAUUAUAUAUUUCGUAGGAGUAAAAUGAUGAGUACACUUUUAGUACUUAUUGCUAGUUAGAGAAAUUUGUGAUUUCUAUCGAGCUGAGCACUCGUAAACCGCAAUGAGUUUUAUUAUUGUAAGAGGAAGGUCCUUAGCACUUUUAUGUAUUUACUGCAGGUUUUACUCCGUCUUUAUAUUAAAUUAGUAAACAAAUAAAACAUUGUCAUCUUGUUCUUAUAAAAUGUAGAUAAUAUUGAACUUUGUCGUAUAAACUUGAAAGCUUACAAUUUUUAAUACAUUGUUGUGAAAUUUUCAAUUUUAUUUAAGAUUUUUUGGUAAGUGUAGGUACCUAAUAAGUACAUUAUUUUUAUUCUUUAGUCUGUUACAUUUGAAUAAGUACUUUGAAGUCAUGUCCUAUUUUUUUACUUGUUCAAGAAUGGUUUAGUCAUAAUAUUUAAUUGAAGUAAACAUUUUUCCUAGGUGAUCAAAGCAGGCAGCGUUUUUUAUAGUCCUGUCGGAUAAACUAUAAUUAGAUAUAGUAUUUGUUCCUUUUGAAAUAAUAUUUUCUAUUAAUGUAACAAAGGAUAUAUUUUCCUGACGUUGACGUAAGUUACAUUUGAAUCCACCUAGUAAUUUAUUUUUGUAAAAUAGAAUACUAGAAGCUUUUACAUUUCGUAAAAUAGUAUUAAAACUGCUUAUAUGAUGCUAAUAUGAAUAAUGAUGUAUUAAAAUAUAUUAUUUCCUUAAGUUUACUUUCUGUUUUACAUGAUCAUACAUGACUUGUAUAAUGAAUGAUAUUUAUUGUACAGAACAGAAUUCCGAAGUAUUCUAGUGAUCUGUAUAUUUAUAGUGGAAAUCAUAUUUUCUUAAUGUAGAAAAAAAUACAGAAAAUUUCGUUAGUAUUAAAUUGAAAGUGACCUAAAAUCUUUAUAUAUAAUUUGUAUUUGUUUGAAUAUUACUGAUGUCGGUCGGAAAGCUUAGAUUUUAAAUACAUACUUCUUUCAUUUAACUUCCAAUUCUUCGUAAGUUUACGAUAAAGAUUGAUUUAGUGUUUAAAACAAUUUUUGUACCCAAUUCGUUUGUAUACCUUUAGCUAGGAGGCAUUUUGUAAAUACUCAAAACAUGUUUUAAUACCUAUAAAAGCGUACAUACGUCUUCUUUUUGAAAUUGUCAGUAUCAAUUUAAUUACACUGUACAAAUUUUAUAAAAUUAUAGUCUGUUUGAUUUGUAGAUAUAGAAACCUUACCUUGCAGAUGGGCUGACGGAAAAAGUACACUGCAUAAUACAUAUUGGACAUUCUUAUGAAGCCUCUAAAAAUAUUCAGAAGUAUCUCUUUGUCUACCUGAAGCUGAGGUUAACCUCAGACAUUCGAAUAAGGGGUCAUGGCUUAUUAGUUGGUUGGAUACUUUACAGAAAACUGACGAAUCUAUUCGUCACGUGCAACAACACCACUGUGCCUAAAGACGCUUUUAAAAAGUGCU